UUCUUUGGGAACGACCAGUUGACAUUGGACGACUUGGCCGCCUGAGGCGUCUAAAACGCAGUAAACGGUGUUGUUGGCUGGCAAUUGCUAAUGGACACGUCGCGUGCCCUAGAUUUCUCGUCUGUGUACAGACAGAUAUGGAGUUCCCUCUUUCUCACUCUCUCGUUUGAACACGCCGAGUUUAUUCACCUGGCAAGAUUCGUACCUUGUAAUAAACGGGUCACACCAAAAUAAAAUUCUUUGCAAUGCCUUCAUCUGAAUUGUCUGCUGCAGUCAAGCACAUGUCAACCUAGCCUUCAUUUUAGUACAGUGCAGGGACUGUUUGCCGCCCCCGUUUGCCGCCUCCAGCGCAUAGGGGAUUACCGUAGCUGUGAAAGCAGGACUGCAUUCGCACCGUGCCUCAUUCAUCAACAAUCUCAGCUGCUCGGAACAGCAUUAGACAUUCCAGUGCAGCGUUAAGGCGCUGAGCUCAACCUCAGCCGGAACGGCCUGAAAUUCGACUUGGCGACUCUGUUCACGUUCAACGAGACAGGGUCUCAUGAGGCCUUAAAAUCAGAAACAGCUGAUCAGCCAGCCCCGUGCAGCAAUUGAGUGCGACGUCAAACCCAUAGGUGGAAGACAGCGACAUGCAAUCUAUCGACAUUGACAUCGAAGAUGAGCGUAUCAACAGCGACAUGAUGGAUGAGAGCGCUCACGAGGGCCUUCAACCCAAUGGAACGCGCGGUCGCCCUUCAGCAGCCCAGCAAAAUAGCAACUCGGCACCCCGGUACCCAAUCCCCAAGAGGGCCAUGGGUGCCGUCGAAGUUCCCAUGAUUGUCAUGAACCUGGAUCGAACAGAAAAGGCAUUUGGUAACAUCUCGUCUUUUCACAAUAUCCUGGACACGGAGCGCAACACGAUCCCGUUCUAUCUCAACCCCGAGAGCCCCUUCCGCAGGCCCAUCAUGUCUCAUAGUGCCACCAGCCACAACGUGGUUUUAAAGAUCACGGUGCCGAAGCGGACCGGCAGAAAGCGGAAGAGGGGGUCCGACGGCCCAUGGGAGGGCGAGGUCGAGAUGACCGACAUCCCCAGGUCGGGCCCUUCGAGAGAGCAGAUCUACUCAAGGUCCAGGUUGGACAACCCAAAGGUUUUGCGGCGGAAAAUGCACGACAAUGUCGACAGUUACGAUGUGGAGGCCGUCGGCGUCAUCAAACACACGCACCGCUUCAGAGGCAUGGCAGACUUCCACUGGGGCCUCGAGCAGUCUCCUUUCAUAUCGAGAUUCAUGAACCAGGUCAUGCCUGGCGACAUCACGCAGAUGAGGGACUUCAAGUUUGUCGACGGCGUGGACCAGGGGCCGAACGUAGACAUCAUCCCGCCGCCGGUGUGGACGCCGAUGACCUUGCCCUUCAUCUACAACUACUCCCAGAACCCCUACGUUCGCUCGGAGCUCGAUCAGGCUGGCCAGACCAAGCUCAUCAAUACUCAACUGCCGACCCUUAUCGGCUACUUCCUCAAGGCGGACCAGUACCCGAUUCCGGACGGGCCGCAGUCACCCUACGACGGUACCGACGAGGAGGUCACACAUUGUAUCGCACGCAUGCAAGAAGCGAUGGAGGAACGCCCCAUCUGGACACGCCGGUCGCUCAUGAACAAGCUCGGCUCCAUCGUCCGCAACGCCAAUGUAAUGAAGCGCUGCGUCGGCUACGUCGGCUACCAAUUCAGGGGCGGGCCCUGGCGUGAUGCUAUCAUCAAAUACGGCAUCGACCCACGCACCGAUCCGGCCUACCGGAUGUACCAGACAAUGAUCUUCAACAUGCGCAAACUGCAAGCAGGCCACAUUGGCGAGACAUGGCAUGCAAUCCGCAGCCUGCGCACCGAGCAGCGCCAGCCGCAGGGCGACAACCACGAGUCCCACGUCUUCGACGGCAAGUCGUACUGGACAGACGGCAAGGUUUGGCAGAUCUGCGACAUAUCCGACCCGCUCAUCGCAAAACUCUUCGCCGAGGCGCCGCAGCGGCCCGAGGUGGACAUCUAUAACAGCGGUUGGUAUCACCAGGGUACGUGGGCCAAGGCCAAGGGCAUCAUGAAGACCAAGAUGAUUGCAAUCCAGUUCGGUCGCAAACUCAAGGAUGAUGACUUUUCGGGCAUCUUUGACGUGCGCGACACGACGCCGCCGCCAGGCGCCUCGAGCGUCCACGUGCCACUGCCGGACCUCGAGCUCACCGACGCCGAGAAGCGUGUGCUAUACGGCCGCCGCUUCAAGGAGCCCAAGAAGAAGCGCAAGGGCACCGCCUACCGCGUCACAAAGUCUAACGGACCGCGCGGCGUGGCCGCUGCGGCGGCGGCGGGCAGCAGUACGGGCACGCCAAAUCCGGAGACGAGUAUACAGGAGGAGCUCAUGUCAGCCGGGGAAGACAGUCUCGAAGAGGAUGACAGUGAGGGUGAUGACGACGAGGAUGGCGAUUUUGACGACGACGGGCGCGUUUUUGCGCCUGUGUCUGGUCUUGACGAGGCCAUGGAGGAGGUUGGCGAAGAGUACGGCGAUGAGGACGAGGAUGGGGAGGGCUAUGGGUACGAUGAAGAUGGCGAGGAGUAUGAUGAUGCGCAUGCCCACGAUAACGCGGGCGAGACGCAUUCCAACGAUGUGUAUGCGGCAGAGCAGCUCGGUGAAGCGGACAUGGACGUGGCUUAUCCCUCAGAAGCUUUGCCAUGAUGGACUGCCAAGAAGCGAAGGAAAAGGGACAUGCCGCAGAAUAGCAGCUGCUACACUGCAGACAUGAUCCGGUCUUAUGAAGGGCAAAUCCAAGACACAACGGGGUCGCUUUACGCGAUGCGUUUUUUUUUUC